AUGGAGAAAUCAAAGGCAAAGCCAGUUUCUAACUCUCUGGUGUUUUCAUCGUUAUUUCUCUCCGUUGUUUGCAUCGCGGGACUGAUUCACGUCGAGAUCGAGCUUCACGCUCAUCGACAAAUGCUUCAGGUCUUGAAUCAACCAAAAGAAGAGAAACUCGAGCUGAAGAACCUAGCAAAUGACGAAAAGCCGACUGAAAUGAAUAUUUUAUAUCCUUACCCAAAUGAAGAGCUUCAAACUCGUAAUAAAAGGCAAGUGAAAAAUACAGACGGGAGAUCAAACGCCAGCGUAACCAUCGAUCGUGAAGCGAUCAGAAAAGAAGUACGACUCGCUAUCAAGAGCCAGGCCUGCAGUGUUAAUUGUCCCAAGAGCAUCAGGGGAAGACGGGGCAAACCUGGUCAAAGAGGCCCUCCAGGUAAACAUGGACCACCCGGGCCACAAGGAGUAAAGGGACCUAAAGGAAACCAGGGCCCUCAGGGCAUUCAAGGACCUCCCGGACCCAUGGGCCCUCUUGGAGCUAAGGGCGAGCCUGGUCAAUCAAUCUCAGCGCCCUCUAUUGUGACACCUCCCAUGUCUAUAGUUGUAAACGAAACUGCCUAA